AAUGUCAACGUCACGUUAGAUUAUUUAUUUACAAAAAUCAGGACUUUAUAAUGAAUCGUGAUUUUUCUUUUUUCUCUACAUUCUUUAAUCGUUAUCCUUUCGAUAUAUUUGAAACAGUUUAUGCGAAAAGUCAUUUAAAUGACGAACCAAGUGAUACUCCGCAGGCGACACAGCAACAGCAGCACCAGCAACUGCAUUGUCCAACUGAGUACGCACAGGAUAAAUAUGGCGGCGGAGAUGCCCCGGCGCGCAGAAGAGGCAGUGGUAAACGUAUCGAUGCUUCUAAGAGUUCGACUAGCGACCGCGGCAGAACUGGUGCUGGCGUCACCGGAUCUCGGUCCAGUUGCGACGCUCCCGGGCCGACAGGCAGCACUCUCAGCAUGAUAGCAGGCACAGAGGACUUACCAUGCGGUGCCAGGAACCCGGGUCUUCUCCGGUAUAUACAUAAUGCAGCUCGCUACAGGUUACCACAAUGUUUCGAAGGCGCAUGCUUAAAUGUAAAACAACGUGCCCGUCCAAAUUGGGUGUUGGGACACACUAUGUCGUUUAGUUCAGUGUCACCUGGAGGGUACAAGCUGCUGUUAUCCUACGUGGAUCCAGAAAAACCCGCACAUCCGCCGUACUUUGUUAUACAAGCGGCACCCGGCGGGCAAAUAAGCUGCGAAGUGCGAGUAGGUCCGACGGAAGGGACACGUGCUACCAUAGUGACACAGGUCGCCGACGGAGAGUUUUACAGCUUUGAAAGCAUCUUCGAUGCUUAUUUUUCUUCUGCCACUGCGUCUGUGAUCGCCGUGAACAAGGAGUUCAUUGCACUACAUUAUCUACAUGCAAUAACAAAAAAAUUAUCUCUGGGCGCGGAAAUAGUUGCGCGAGGGCAUGUGACAGAGCUGAGCUCCGCGUCUGCGGCAGCACGCUGGUCUACCAAGCAACAGGCAGUAAGCAUGACCUUGGGCAAUCGAGGGGUCGACGUGUGCUUCGCCAGUGCUCUAAAGCCCUUCCUCACGGUAGCCGCAAUGAUUGAGGUGGGGUUCGCGGUGAAGCGUGCUUUGGGCACGCUAGCAUACGAAUGGCGCAGCACAGAUUGGACGGUGCGCGCGUCUGUCGACUCGGACGGGCUGGUGGGCGCAAUGUUGCAACGUACGCUUGGCGGCAAGAACGCCAAUCUCUCGUGUGCGAUCUCCGCGCUCCUGAACCACCCUAACGACAAAUUCAAACUAGGCUUCGGAGUCACCGCCGCUAUAAUAUAAAUCGAAUACGGUUUGCCUCGGAACUAUUAUGUUCUAUUGUAAACAUAAGUUAUUGCUACACGGACUCUUCUGACUGCAUCCAUCAAUAAAAGUGGCACGUGAUCUCAAACUUCACCUAAAUAAAAGAUACAUUCAAAUUAUACGUAAUUAUGUUUUACACACUUGGACUGAUUAUCUCAAUUCGCUAAAAACACGCAAACUAUUGGAAUUAUGUAAGAGCACGUUUUGUCCAAAUGUUCAAGCUAAAAACCAACAAAACAAUUUAGUAAUUAAACUUCUGCUUUGUUGUCAGUAAAAAUGGGGCAAGAUAAAAAUAAUUUCUUUAGAGUUAUCAAUUUAAAUAAUUAAAUAUGAUGCAAUUAUCUAUCAUGU